AUGAAGAAAGAGACGGGGGACGAAGACGGAGAACCGCUCAGCCCGGUGGCGCGUUUGUUCCAAUCGCCUGGCAACAACUGUUGUGUCAUCACCAUGAUCGGUUGCAAAACCAAGAUUAAAGCUGACGUCGUUAUAAGUAGCUUGAAGCAAAAUGUUUCCAAGCAUCCUCGUUUCUCCAGCAAAUUGUCUAAUGAUGGUUCAAGUUGGAUUAAGACCCACGUCAACGUAGAAGACCAUGUGUUUGUAGUAGAUAUAGACUUAGAGAAGAUCCAGGAAGAUGGAGAAAGUCUCGUUAAGGACUACAUUUCACGUCUUACGAUGUUUCCUCUCGAUAAAUCAAAGCCUUUGUGGGACAUUCACAUCCUCAACGUCAAUACAUCUGAUGCAGAAGCGGUUUGUGUAGUAAGAUCUCACCAUUCAUUAGGAGACGGAACAUCCCUUAUGUCUCUCCUAGUCGCAUGCACUCAAAAGACACCAAACCACGACACAGUUUCGCCUGUUAAUGUUCUUAAACGGCGUAAAACAGUGCAUAAAGACAAGAUCCCAUGGUUCUUGAGGUUGGUACUAGCGGCUUCUUCAUCAGUGAGAUUGAUUUGGAACACUUUCGUGGAUCUUUUUCUGGUCUCGGCAAUUCCUCUGUUCUUAAAGGAUACAAAGACGCCUCUAAAAGCUGGUGUGGGUGUCGAGAGUAAUCCGAAGAAAUUUUGUCACCGGAUUGUCUCAUUGGAUGACUUAAAACUUAUAAAGGAAGUUAUGAACAUGACUAUCAACGAUGUCCUGCUCGGAGUUACACAAGCUGCUCUUUCACGCUAUCUCAACAACUUUCCUGGAAAAAUACGUCUUACCGCUGGUGUCCUCGUAAACUUAAGGUCAAACAUUGGAAUUCAGGCAUUAACAAUACAUUUCCUAAGUUAUGCGGGAAAGAUGAUAAUCUCGAUAGGUGUCGAUUCUACGGCCAUACCCAAUCCUCACAAGCUUUGUGAUGAAAUGGAGGACUCUCUCAAAGCUAUGAAAGCCACUCUCCUAGAAAGAGGGUUACUCUAA